AUGCGUUCGGCCAAACGGUCUUUUAAGGUUGAGCGUGUUCGCAACGCAGCGUAUGCUGGCCACAACACCCCUAAGCAGCUGAUGAAAGCUCAUUUAAAGUACGGAGUCCGGCCGCCACAGAACCUGGUCGCGCGCCUCAACGCACAGGAGGUCACCCGCCUAGAAGCUAUCACCCAAAGCAAGAGAAUAAGGGGUCACAAGCAUGGCAAUGGCAGUGGCAAGGCUGUCGGCAACGGCAACGGAAACGGAAACGGAAACAACAAUGCCAAUGCCAACGGCAAAGCCAAUAGCAGCAGCACAGCUACCAUUGACAACGGCAACAGUACCACUGGCGCCACCACCUCUACGACGUCUACCAACUCGACAUCUACCAACACGGCCGUCGCCGCUGCUGUCGGAAGCGGUGUUGGUAUUGUGACCAACACGCCAACUUCCGGAGAUGUCGAAUACCUUUCUCCCGUCAGCAUUGGUGGCCAGACGCUCAAUAUGGAUUUUGACACCGGCUCAUCGGAUCUCUGGGUCUUUAACACCGGCCUGUCUGCUGCUCAAUCCAGGGGUCACACCCUUUUUGACUCUACCAAGUCGACCACUUUUACCGAGCUGACUGGCCAGACCUUCUCCAUCUCCUACGGUGAUGGUUCUGCUGUCUCUGGCACGGUGGGUACCGAUGUUGUCAACAUUGGCGGGGCAUCGGUGGCCAAGCAGGCCGUCGAGCUGGCUACUCAAGUGUCGAGCUCGUUUGUUUCGGAUACUGCAAGCAACGGACUUGUCGGUCUGGCCUUCAGCAAGCUGAACACGGUGAAGCCGACGCAGCAGAAGACCUUUUUCGACAACGUCCAGGAAAGCCUGGCGUCGCCCGUGUUUACAGCCAAUCUGCGCCACGGUGCGGCUGGAUCGUACGAGUUUGGUACCAUCGACUCUACCCAGUUCAAUGGCACUAUGCAUUUUGCCGCUGUCAACACGUCACAGGGCUUCUGGCAGUUUAGCAGUAGCAAGUUUGCUAUUGGCAAUGGUGCUGUGCAGACCAGCGGGGCAGGCCAGGCCAUUGCCGACACCGGCACCACGCUGCUCCUGGCCAGCGACAAAAUUGUUACUGCCUACUACUCAAGCGUGACGGGCGCCCAGAACAACCAGAUGGCAGGUGGUAUCACUGUCCCCUGUAAUGCUGACCUGCCGGACCUGCACCUCGACGUCGGCGGCAACAUGGCCACGGUCAGGGGCACGGACAUUAUGUUCGAGCAGGUUACAGGCAACACCUGCUUCGGUGGUCUGCAGGCCAUCGACAGUGACCUGAUGAUCUUUGGUGACGUCUUCUUCAAGUCCAACUUCGUUGCCUUUAACCUUGGUAACAACACUGUUGGGUUUGCGAGCCACGCUUAA